AUGUUCAAAGCGCAAACAUGGUGCCCUUAUGGUCCGGAUUCUCCAAUCGAAGGAUACACCAUCGUCCUCAUGGAAUGGACAGGAAAACCUCAUACAGACAAGCAAGAGGUCACCUUCAAGGGGACCAUUCAGGAAGUCAUGAGUCGAAUCCUCGAUGUCAACCUCGGCUCCUCGCCAGUCUCGGCCAAAACGACAUCGGCCUCAGUGCCCGCGACAUCGAGGAAAGAAACAAGGUCCGUCGUCCCAUCCGCUCUCCCCUUAAUGGCCGGUAAAUCGAGGAGGCGACUGGAAAGUAGGUCACUCUGA